CGAGUCGGCAACGGUAGUCGGGUGUUGGCGGGACUGGGGCGAGUGGGUAAACCUGAAACGGCCUCCUUAUUAGCCCACCACACUGUCACGACUCACGACUCACGAUACAUCACCCGCACGGCCGGUUUGCCUGAUAUAGCUCCUGAUCGGGAUAGCCGUCGUCUGCUUGAGUAAGCGGAAUACCCGGAUUAAGUCGGUGCGAGCAGUGCCACGGUGGGGGAGACUCAUCUGGAACUUGCCAUCCUUUCGAUCGUACAGGUAAAGACGAUAUUGCAGGGGCUCCUUGAAGUGUCAAAAAAGCAGGAUUUGAAAUGACCGUCACAAAUCAUCCGCAGAUGCACCUUGCCAGCCAACCUACUUGGGCCACACCAGUGUGUAGGCGCCGUGAUAUCUCAGCUGGUCCUAUCACAACAAUCCACGACUUGUGGGCCAGCCAAGGAUGGGACACCGCUAGUGAUGUCACUAAAUGCAGCAUGCUUUGGGACCCGUACACGGCUUUGCCAUUAGGGGCUCAAUUUAUCCGGCGUGAUGGUCGUUUGGCAUGCACCACCUUGGACGUGGCGCUGCAAUGGGCACCCACAAAUGGCUGUCAUGCAUCUGAUCCGGGCACCCAGACAGCGGCAAUUCAAAGGACCACGCAUGACAUGGCUGGAGACCAACGGUUGCUCGGGCCUGACUCGUUUGUUGCCGUCGAUGUAGGGUUCCCAGCUGGGUAUUUCCCUUCAUUCGGUCAAGGGGUCAACAUGACAGGCUACCAUGUUACAGUCCGCGGGAGUAAAGAAUUGUCGCGUUCGUCGAUAUUCAUGCAGCAGACUUCUCUUGGUCUGACGACAGCAAGGCCCCGUGCUCUCUCAGAUGACUCAAGAUCGACAGUCGCUGCCUUGGGAUAUGCUGUGCUCUUCCGUUCGCAUCGAUUUCUGAUUUGGCCGACCGUGGUGCUCGUUCUUGGCCGGAGUGGUGCAUUCUGGGCGCCAAGAUACCCCGAGUCAUCCCAGCCAGCGGGACACUUGGCAUCUCUCCGCCGAGAGCGGGGUUGGGAGCCUCUUCUCGUGGCUGAUAAUAGAAUCCUGCCCCUGCUUGGUAGUGUAUAUUUGUCGACUGAACGUAUAUGCAAUAUGAAGGCGUCCCGCCUCAUAUCUGUCCCAAGCCAUGUGCAUCUGCAUUGAAAUAUCAGGCCGACAGACCAAUCAUAUUAUUUCCUCCCCAGCCCUAUGGUGUCAGCUUGCAGUGCCCCGGUCUUGGCCAGAGUCUCACAAAGUUUAAUAAACCAGCCAGAAAGCAACCUCUUCGGGAGUGCUGUAGGAAUGGCUCACUAAAUCCCAAGCCCUCGGCAUCUGCGCCCAAGACCACCACGGUUGCGUCUCUUUGAACUCCAAGGGUCUUGGGCUACAGUCGGAUGGCCAUUACCUG